UUUCCGUUUCUGCUGCCAAGCACAAUUUUGAAGACUAUCGUGUUAAACAGAUUGUAUCGUGCACCGUAUGAAAUAAUGAUAUCAUGGUCCGCAGGAAUUGAAUCAUACCUUGUUGGAGAGUUCAGAAGAAGGUGGGACAUGGAUUGUACAAUGUGAGGAGAGUUAGCCGUUUGGGAGGUGGUUGCGGAUGGAAAUGUACGAGUAGAGCUCAGAGAGGAGGCAGGUGCUGAGCUUGCAAUUCAUUUCGGUGGUGUACACUCUGAAGAAAUGUUACGUGGUUGUGCGUGCAUUCGGAACGAGGAUUUUGCACACUUGCUACUGCGACAAGUUUCUGUAUGCUUGAAGGUUUUGGAUUGCCAUGUCAAUUUGAGGGUUUGGCAGCUUGUCGAUAGGGUAAGCUUUGGAGAGUAACGGCGGAGGAGAUCCAUUCUAGUGGAGGUAAUGCACUGCAUGACUAGUCACUGCAUGUCGCUUAGCAUGCUCCUGAAUGUUGCAUUUGCAAGGUUCGUCCUUUUCUCUCGGUUGUGUAGUUAGCGAUGUAGGAUGCGAGGUAGGGCACUUAUAAUAUCUGUCAUGUAUCACCGCAGAUAGUUGUUCAGGGAAGAGGCUAACAGGUGGUGAAUUAAGAAUCGAGUUUUUUCGUAAGUCUAGUGGCUUUGUUAUUACAGGGUCCUUUUCAAUGGUUUCUACAAGGGUGCACAUGGAACAUGCACUUUAUGCUGUCCUGACCGUCGUGUUGUACAGGGGCAUUCUUUAUGUUAAGUGAAUGAUGGAUACGCGAGAUUUCAUAUCCAUGCUGGUGCAACAAGGGGCUUAGAUCAUUUCAUCAGCCUCAGAUGGCAUUUAAGGUUAUUCAUGCAUGUAUCAAACUGGUUUGCCUACGAAGAAACGAAGGUAGGUUCGAAAAGGUUGAUACCAAAGCGUUUCUUUCCAGCACGACUUUGUUAUCGUGGAGUCAAUGUGCAAUUCAAACUUGGUGCUUGUUGAUUGUUGGUAAAGGUGAAAGAAAGGGUUCCGCCACAACAGGGUUCGUGAAGAGACGUGAAGGAUUUGGCACUGUCGAGGACUUCGUUGACGUUGCUGGCGCCGUUGUGAAUGCUCCUGAGAAGCCAACAGUCUGCGUUGUGUCUGUGGCAACAUUGUUAUGUUUCACAUCAAAUUUUAAGACCAGCGCUCAACUUGUUCGUUGCGUUUGUCAACUGGCUCUUGGGGCUUACCGCAUUGAAGAUUACGUUGAGAGUUCAUAAUGGGUAGAAGCGAAGUCCGAAAUCGAGGGAACUAUUGAGUUGGUUUGAUAUGGCUUCAAGCGUCACUUUUCGCCUUGAUGGCUUGGUUGAACCCUUAGAUCAUGUUAAAUUCAUUUUUUCAAAGUUUGAUAUAAAGCUUUGAAACUUUAACAAUGUUUCCUAAAACAUUGUUCAUAGGGAAAUUAUUUGAACAUUUUUUAUUGGGAACAAUGUUCCCUGUAAAGCUUUAAACUUUGAAGCUGAUUUGAAUAGCUCAAAUAAUGAAAAUUUCACCAUGGAA